GGGGCGCGACAUUGGGAGGAAGUGCGGGCCGCCUGCCCGGGCGCGUUAAGGAAGUUGCCCAAAAUGAGGAAGCGCCGCGGCCCGGCGCUGAGGCCACCCAGGCGGCAGAAGAGCGAGGAGGAGCUGGCGGCCCCGCGCUGCGCCCCGGCUGAGCCCCGGCUGCGCCCAAGCGCCCGCCCUCGCCUCACCUGGCGCAGGUGGACACCUGCGCAGGUGUGCGCCCUCCGGCCCCUGAAGCAUGGCCAGCAGCAGCAUGGCUGACAGCGCCAACCACCUGCCCUUCUUCUUCGGCAACAUCACCCGGGAGGAGGCAGAAGAUUACCUGGUCCAGGGGGGCAUGAGUGACGGACUCUAUUUGCUGCGCCAGAGCCGCAACUACCUGGGCGGCUUUGCGCUGUCCGUGGCCCACGGGAGGAAGGCACAUCACUACACCAUCGAGCGGGAGCUGAACGGUACCUAUGCCAUCGCCGGUGGCAGGACCCACGCCAGUCCCGCUGACCUCUGCCACUACCACUCCCAGGAGUCCGAUGGCCUGGUCUGCCUCCUCAAGAAGCCCUUCAACCGGCCCCAGGGCGUGCAGCCCAAGACUGGGCCCUUUGAGGACCUCAAGGAAAACCUCAUCAGGGAAUAUGUGAAGCAGACGUGGAAUCUGCAGGGUCAGGCUCUGGAGCAGGCCAUCAUCAGUCAGAAGCCUCAGCUGGAGAAGCUGAUCGCCACCACAGCCCAUGAAAAAAUGCCUUGGUUCCACGGAAGAAUCACUCGGGAAGAAUCUGAGCAAGUUGUCUUGAUAGGAUCAAAGACAAACGGAAAGUUCCUGAUCAGAGCCAGAGACAACAACGGCUCCUACGCCCUGUGCCUGCUGCAUGAAGGGAAGGUGCUGCACUAUCGCAUUGACAAAGACAAGACGGGGAAGCUCUCCAUCCCAGAGGGGAAAAAGUUCGACACACUGUGGCAGCUGGUCGAGCAUUAUUCUUAUAAAGCAGAUGGUUUGUUAAGAGUUCUUACAGUCCCAUGUCAAAAAAUCGGCUCCCAGGCAGGAAAUAAUGUUAAUUUUGGAGGUCGUCCACAGCUUCCAGGUUCCCAUCCUGCGACUUGGUCAGCGGGUGGAAUAAUCUCAAGAAUCAAAUCAUACUCCUUCCCAAAGCCUGGCCACAGAAAGCCCUCCCCCGCCCAAGGGAACCGGCCAGAGAGUACUGUGUCGUUCAAUCCGUAUGAGCCGGAACUUGGGCCCUGGACUGCAGAAAAAGGCCCCCAGAGAGAAGCACUGCCCAUGGACACAGAGGUGUACGAGAGCCCCUACGCAGACCCCGAGGAGAUCAGACCCAAGGAGGUUUACCUGGAUCGAAGUCUGCUGACGCUGGAAGACAAAGAACUGGGCUCUGGUAAUUUUGGAACUGUGAAAAAAGGCUACUACCAAAUGAAAAAAGUUGUGAAAACAGUGGCUGUGAAAAUACUGAAAAAUGAGGCUAAUGACCCCGCUCUUAAAGAUGAGUUAUUAAGAGAAGCAAAUGUCAUGCAGCAGCUGGACAACCCGUACAUCGUGCGCAUGAUCGGGAUAUGCGAGGCCGAGUCCUGGAUGUUGGUCAUGGAGAUGGCAGAACUCGGUCCCCUCAAUAAGUAUUUGCAGCAGAACAGACAUGUCAAGGAUAAGAACAUCAUAGAACUGGUUCAUCAGGUUUCUAUGGGCAUGAAGUAUUUGGAGGAGAGCAAUUUUGUGCACAGAGAUCUGGCUGCAAGAAAUGUGUUGCUGGUUACUCAGCAUUAUGCCAAGAUCAGUGAUUUUGGACUUUCCAAAGCGCUGCGUGCUGAUGAGAGCUACUACAAGGCCCAGACCCAUGGGAAGUGGCCUGUCAAGUGGUACGCUCCGGAGUGUAUCAACUACUACAAGUUCUCCAGCAAAAGUGACGUCUGGAGCUUUGGAGUGUUGAUGUGGGAAGCAUUUUCGUAUGGGCAGAAGCCGUAUCGUGGAAUGAAAGGAAGUGAAGUCACCGCGAUGUUAGAGAAGGGAGAGCGGAUGGGCUGCCCUGCAGGGUGUCCAAGAGAGAUGUACGACCUCAUGAACCUGUGCUGGACGUACGAUGUGGAGAACCGGCCCGGCUUCGCAGCGGUGGAACUGCGGCUGCGCAAUUACUACUAUGACGUGGUGAACUAACCGCUCCCGUACCUGUUGGUGGCUGCCUUUGAUCACAGGAGCAAUCACAGGAAAAUGUCUCCAGAGGAAUUGAUUGUCGGCCACCUCCUUCUGCCAGUCAGGAGAGCCAGACUUGGAUGGAACAUGCCCGUGACUUGUCACCCAAAGCCUGUCCCAGGACCCAUACUCUGCAAAGCAAAGGCCGUCCCAGGAGAAAAGGCAGAUGGCAGGGUCAAAGGGACUAGGUAGAUUUGUUUGGUUUUUUUGUCUGCGUGAUUUUCAUACAGGUUAUUUUUACAAUCUGUUUCCAAAUCCCUUUCAUGUCUUUCCCCUUCUCUGGAUCCUGGGGUGUAUUUGUUACUCAGCAGGCCCAGGGGCAUUGCAGGGUGGCCAAGAGCAUUCUCACCCCAAGCAGCCUUUUCCGGAUGCUCAAGGAUGCCUUAGCAUGUGAUUCCUGAAGGGAAGGUAAAGGCAGAGGAAUUUAACUGCUUCUACAGCGUGGCUCUGACAGCCCAUGAGACGGAUCCUUGGCCACUGAAAAAGCUUUCCUGACAAUAAAAGUGUUUUGAGGCUUUAAAA